AUACAAAGUUUACCAAUCCCCAUCUCACUCUAGUAGAGUUUUACAUGAGAUUUGAGAGUGCAUUGGAUGCUCAAAGACAUACUCAAGGUCAAUUUGACAAUGAUUCUAAACACAAGCAUCCAGAAUGUAAGACUUCCUUUGCAUUAGAGAAACAUGCUUCUAAAAUCUACACUGUUUCAGUCUUUUAUGAUUUUCAAGAGGAGCUCGAGAUUGGUUGCUUUCACUGUGGACUUGAGGAGUACAAGAAAGAAAAUGGGUUUGAAAUCUUUACCAUUAGAGAAGGAUGUAGAAUAAGAAAGUUCGAUGUUAGUUUUAACCCGGCUAACCUAGAUAGUAAGUGUAUGUGCAAGAUGUUUGAGAGGUUAGGGAUUCCUUGUAGGCACAUGGUUUGGGUGUGGAAGGCAAAGAUGAUUGAGUAUAUUCCUGAUGCUUAUGUGCUAAAUAGGUGGACUAGUUUGGCAACUAAAACGCCAAUUUUUGAUUUAGAAGGAAAUAUCUUGGAGGCAUGUGUUAACUUUGUUGAUUGUAAAAGAAUGUUAAAUGAGUUAUGGUCAGAAAUUCACACAUGUGUGAGUUUGGCUCAGGGUAAUGAAGAAGAUCUUACUGAUCUUGUGAAGAAUUUAAAAGGUUUAAGGUUAAACUUGGAAGCUAAGAAGAGUUCUAACAAUCAUGAAAACAAUGGUUCUCCUAGCAAAGCAACAGACAUCGAGCUACUGAUUGGAGCUACCCUUCCUACUGAAAUUGUGGUUAAGCCGCCUAAAAUUUCAAAGAACAAAGGCACGGGGGUUCAUGUUCCAGGUACAGGUAGUGACAAACGAUUGAAAGGUGACAAGGAAAAGGCAAUUGAGCAAAGCCAAAAGAAGAAAAGGUUAUGUAGAGGUUGUGGAGAGCUUGGUUACCAUGAUAUCCGGAAUUGCCCACAUAAAGUGAAAGAAAAUUAAUUGUCAUUAAAAGCUUCUCGCCAAAGAAUACACAAUUUCAUCAUUCACCAUCGCCACAUAGAUCCUCUCACUUUUUGAAGUGUUAUUUUUUUAUAGUUUUUUUUUUUUUGUGUUACGUUUUUGGACAUUGUCAUAUUUUCCAUGAACAAUGUAUAUCUAUAUAGUUUUUUCAUGGCUCUGAAAAAUAUACUUUAUGUUCCUUUUGCUUAACUAUUAUUUUCAACAAUUAAAAGGUAUCCCCAUGCAUAUUGUUGAUAUUAUUAUUUUCGCCCGCAUGACUUCUCAUUUUAGCUUAUCGUUGUACAAAAGUUCACUUCAUUCAUCUACAAUACAAACACUAAACCAAAUUUUAAGAAAUAAAGUUAAAAGUUCGAUGUUAUGAGUAAGUAAAGUAAUUGUUCUAAUUCAACUAAGUAAAUGUUCUGAAUUCAAAGAGACAAAGUUCUUAAUUUAAAAAGUUCUUAGUUCUUAAAAAAGUUAAAAGUUAGUGCACAAAAUGUAAAUGCUCUAAGUCAACUUACCAUACGUUUUGAAAUAACAUAGUAUUUGUUCCGAAUCACGUUCAACAAGAAAUGAUUACAAAUUAUUGGAAUAUAUUUUAUUUGUUUAAUA